GACAGCCCAGCCGCUCUCUGCGCCCUCUUCUGUCUCCCGCGCCGCCCAUCACUCCGCGACCUCCCAGCCAUGAGCCGCCAGCUGCAUCUUUACCAGGGCGGAGAGCGCCUGGCUUUCAGCGGCUGCUCCGCCGUCAUCUCGGGCCGGGUCAGCAGCAGCUCUGCUUCCUUCCGGCCUGGCGUCAAGGGCACGGCCACCUUCGGCAGCCGGAGCCUCUUCAGCCCGGGGAGCUGCCGGCGCCUGGCCCUGAGCACCGCUGCCGGGCGGGGCGGCUCUGCGCUGGGUCCCUGCGCCGCGGCCACGGGACACGGCCGUCUGGGUGGCCUGGUGGGCACCGUCUUUGGCAGCACCGGGCUGGGGCCCGCGUGUCCAUCCGUGUGCCUGCCCAGCAGCAUCCCUCAAGUCACCGUCAACAAGAGUCUCCUGGCCCCUCUCAACGUGGAACUGGACCCCGAGAUCCAAAAGGUGCGCGCGCUGGAGCGGGAGCAGAUCAAGGCGCUGAACAACAAGUUUGCCUCCUUCAUCGACAAGGUGCGGUUCCUGGAGCAGCAGAACCAGGUACUGGAAACCAAGUGGGAGCUGCUGCAGCAGCUGGACCUGAACAACUGUAAGAACCACUUGGAGCACGUCUUCGAGGGCUACACCAGCAACCUGCGGAAGCAGCUGGAGGCGCUGUCCGGGGACAGGGUGAGGCUGGACUCGGAGCUGAGGAGCAUGCGGGAUGUGGUGGAGGACUACAAGAAGAGGUACGAGGUGGAGAUUAACAGACGCACAGCUGCUGAGAACGAGUUUGUGGUGCUCAAGAAGGACGUGGAUGCGGCCUACAUGAACAAGGCUGAGCUCCAGGCCAAGGUGGACGCCUUGACAGAGGAGAUCAAAUUCUUCAAGCGCCUCUAUGAAGGGGAGAUCGCUCAGAUCCAGUCCCACAUCAGCGACACAUCUGUCGUCCUGUCUAUGGACAACAACCGGGACCUGGACCUGGACAGCAUCAUCGCCGAGGUCCGCGCCCAGUACGAGGAGAUCGCCCUGAAGAGCAAGGCCGAGGCCGAGGCGCUGUACCAGACCAAGGUGGGCCGAGUGCCAGGUGUGCCAAGGCCCAGUGACCACAGCUGCCCCCUGCUGUCGUGUGUGCAUGCUCGCAUGCAGAUUCAGGAGCUGCAGGUCACGGCCGGCCAGCAUGGGGAUGACCUCAAACUCACCAAGGCUGAGAUCUCAGAUCUCAACCGGCUGAUCCAGAGGCUCCGCUCGGAGAUCGGGAACGUGAAGAAGCAGUGUUCCAACCUGGAGAUGGCCAUCGCCGACGCCGAGCAGCGGGGCAACUGUGCCCUGAAGGACGCCCGGGCCAAGCUCGACGAGCUAGAGGCUGCCCUGCAUCAGUCCAAGGAGGAGCUGGCUCGGAUGCUGCGGGAAUACCAAGAGCUGAUGAGCACCAAGCUGGCCCUGGACGUGGAGAUCGCCACCUACCGCAAGCUGCUGGAGGGCGAGGAGUGCCGGAUGUCUGGUGAAUAUCCAAAUUCCGUGAGCAUCUCCGUCAUCAGCAACACCAGCCCCGGGGCAGGAGGGCCUGGCUUCAGCGUGGGCUUUGGCACCUCAACUGGUUACAGCUACAAAGCCUCGGCGGUGGAUGUCAAAACCAAAGGCAGCUGCGGCAGCGAGUUCAAGGCUCUCCCUGCUAAAACCUCAGGCGGCAGCUGUGCAACCAAAAAGGCUUCAAGAUAAAGGGCAGGCGAUGGCUGGCUCUGCGAGCAUAGAGCUGCAGACUCCAUCUGUCUCCUCCCGCUGUCCUCAUCUCCUCCCCUGGGUCCCCUUCCCAAGUCAGGAAAGCGCUUCUUCUGUAACCACAAUCCCAGUCCCAUCCCCUCUUCCUGUUGCCCUCAGCAGGGCGGUGCUCUGGUGCAGGAGGUCCAGCUGUGGGCUCUCUUGGUGAGCUCUCCUCCUCGAUCACCUUUCACUGGGUCCCUGCCUCCAAUGCAGGUAUAACACACAUACCCAGGAUGCUUCCCUGCAGCCACGGGCCAGCCCCUCUGUCCCUGUGCCUUUCUGCGUCUUCACAGCCAAGGGGCUCUCAUUGUCCUCUGACUGGGGUCAUGUCUAGGUCCUGCUUCCCCCACAAUAAAUGGUCAAUGCCAGUGGA